AUGGACAAUAAGCGCAAAAGACGAGUCACUUCAAUCAGCGCAACAUUGAUCUUUUUCUUCGCGUGCUGCGCGUAUACACUAUAUAUUUUAAAUUUCAGUAACCCUCGGUUACCUCCACCAGUUUCUUUAUUGCCUACAAUUAAUACCUUGAAAAAGAUUGAGCAUGUAACAGAUUUAAACAAGGAAUACGUUUUUGUUGGGGAUAUCCAUGGUAACUAUGAUGAAUUCAUGGAGCUCAUUGAUGACAAGAUUGGAGGACUGGGAGAAAAUACAACUAUCAUAUUGUUGGGUGACUUUAUUUACAAGGGCCCAGAAUCAGACAAGGUGGUAUCGUAUAUUUUAAAUCACAGGGACCAGGUGAAGUGCGUUCUAGGUAAUCAUGAAAUAUUGGUCAUGAUGGCUUACUUGAACCCAGACUUCUCAAAAUGGGUAAAGCGCCCCAAAUUAAUGACACCUCUGACUUUCAGUACUGAAAGUGAUUUCAUACCACAGGACAUUUCAAAGAUCAGCACUGCACAUGAAAAAUUAGCUCGCGAGCUCGGGUUUUCCAAAUUGAGUCAGUUGGCGGAACAUUGCUCAGUAGCAAUCGAAUUGGAUCUAGAUAUUACUGGCGAUAAACUAUUUGGCGCACAUGCGGGGAUGCUACCGGGAGAUUUCAUGAAGCCAAACCAAAUUCCCGGUGUGAGUUCUCUGUCAAACAUGAAGUACGUGGAUAAGAAGCACUGGUCAAGGACAUCCCGUGAAAAAGAAAACAAAAACUAUAUCAGGUGGUACAAGUUGUGGGACAAAUAUGGGGACUACUUUAGCAAUGCUAAAGUAUUUUAUGGUCAUGACGCUUCCAUGGGAUUAAACCUACGGAAACAGACCAAAGGGUUGGAUACAGCAUGUAUAAAAGAUAACUUACUCUCGUCCAUGAAGGUGAAAUACGACAGAAAAAAAGGACAAUAUGACUACACAUUGAUUCAAGUAGAAUGCUCUUAG